GAUGCUCUAAUCGCUUCGUUGCUGGAUGCUGUGCGAGCAAGUGGUAACCGAGAUGUUUGUGUCCGAAGCACACCGACCAAUCGGGGACUCCGAUUCGGCCCAGUCACCGUUCUACCGACCGAGGAAAUCGAAUCAGUGCAUUUGCGUUUCCUGCGUCAACAGCCGGAGGGUAUUUCCUUCUGGGAGGUUCUACAACGAUUCAAUGCGAACGUUCCCUACAGUGGUCUGAUAUUUUCCGUGACGCAAGACGGCGUAUUUGCUGAGAACAAGGAGAAGUUGAUCAAGGACGCGCUGUCCGCCAUUCUCACGCACCCUCCGCCCGGUACGGAUGCCUCAUUGCGAGACUCGUUGCCCGCUGUCGGAUCUCGUACGGUGGACAAACAAUCCCCGGUGCUCCCGGUCGAUCCGAAUUUGCAUCUGAUCCUACUCGAGGCACAGUUUCAUGCACUGCGUCGUUUGGUUGCAUCCAAGGCUGGCUUUAAUGCAUUUACUCAACUCCCGGGCAUGCGAGUUACUCUGGGCCGAAUUGUCGUGGACGCUCUGCGACGCCGAGAUGAUGCGGUCACUCACGCGGUCCUGGACGCGAUCAACACCCUGAUGCAACCCAUGCACGAACAGCCGGAUAUUCGACAAGAACAGCUGAACAAAACGUCCAUCAUGUCCAGUGAGACAUUCAUGUCACGUCUGGUGGACAUAUUCACAUUGCAUGCGCUUCGUGGGACCGGUGCUGUCGUGUUGUGUGCCUUGUUGGAUUUCUUCACCUUCGCCAUUUGUCUACCGUAUUCGGAAACGUCGGACGGGGCGGCGUUUGAUUGUCUUCUUCGUCUUGUGGCCAAACGUGGUCGUGCACUGUUUCGACUGUUCCAUCAUCCGAGUUUGGCUAUCGUUCGUGGCGCUGGUAUGGUUAUGCGGGCCCUGAUAGAGGAAGGCGGUGAAGAAAUAGCCCGCGAGAUGCGCUGUUUGGCCCUGACAGAAGGUGCACUGUUCCACCACUUAUCCAUUGCCUGUUUCACCCAGGGCAAGGACACACGCAGUCUGGCAAUCAGGCAACUCAGUCGUCAGCUGAUCACCUUAUGGACUGAGGACAAUCCCGAUGCGCAGGAUUUACUCAAACGCAUGUUUCCCCUCGGACUGUUAGCAUUCCUCGAGUCAGAUUGUGAACCCCCGGUGCAAUUCGUGGACCAUUUACCGAAUCGAGAUAAUUUGAAACUGGCACAGGAUCACAUGAAUCGUAUCGAAGAACGCAAACAGACCGUUUUAUAUCAGAUGGAGGCGAAAAUUGAAACUCUCCUCACUCACUGGCGACUCCGUGUUGGACUACCGGCUCCCAAGCCCAAUUUGGCGCGCGAGAUGGAAGAACGUCCGGUUGUGCUUCGAUUGCCGCGACACCAGAUUCAAUCGUUACGCGAAAACGGGUCGACGCACCCGGUGGUCAAUUGGCGCUACUUCUUCUACCAGUUCGAUCAGGAUCACGCGAAACCGGAUCUCGUGUGGAAUUUACGAACGAGAAACGAGUUACGUGAAUCAAUGGAAAAAGAAUUGCAACAAUUCCGUCGCGAACGAGAUUAUUUCGCUCAGAGCAUGCUCGAGAACUCGGAUCACGGACUGAACUCUGCGAUGCGAGAUCGAGAGGAAAUGGUCACACCGGGACAACAACAACAACCGGUUAUCAGUUCCACAGUGCCAUCUCAAAGUGCUCCAAGCACCCCGAUAGAGUCCAGAACGGAGCUGCCCACGGUGAACGGAUCCAAUUCACCACCGGCUCGUUUGGCUGCCGCCUCUGAACCGCCUGCAUGCCCCGGCAGUCCGACCCGGAUGCAAGCAGAUCGUCUGAUUGCCCAGGCCAGUCUGGUCUCAUGGAAUCACAGUGAGUUCAAAGUGGAACAUCCCAGUUUGGCCAAUGAACCUCGUGUGGGCAAUUACUAUUUGCGUCUGUUGCUCGAGGAAGACAAACGUGUCCAGGGCGAAGAUGCUACCAUACCGACAGAUACAGCCGAUGUGGAGGAUCACGCCAGGGGACUGUCACGAAUCCGAGACAGCAAACAGUUCUUCAACGAACUUUUCCGACGCUAUUUGCAAUAUAUUGCCUCGGGACCGGCAUUGGGCUUGAACAAACCACAGACCAGUCGAACCCGAGGUACUCGGGAUAGUGAACAACGUGCGCAUCGUCUGGCCAUGCGUUGUCUGUGUCUCCAUGCAAUGGCUGUGGUGUACGGUCGUUGUUAUCAAGAAAUCGGACCGGUCUCCGAUAUCCCAUUGCUUUACAAUGUGGACGCCUUGGUCGAGGCAGACGGAGUUCGUGUCCUGGUCGAUUUGGCCUGUCUGGCACAUUUGCACACGACCCGGGCAGCCACACCAUUGCAGACCAAUGUGAUCAAAGCGAGCGCGUCACAGGAUGCGCACGAGGGCGGUGCAAGCACACAACGUGAAUGGUGGUGGUACGCACCAGAUCCGACCGCUAGUGCCGGAUCCAAAUCCGGUCCCAAGAUUCUUGGCCCAGUCAGCUUUAACGAGCUACGUAAACUUAUUGUCUCGGGCCAGAUCAAUGGUAACACUCCAGUUUAUGCACAAGGACUGGACGCAGCGGCUCGUUGUCGUCCGGACGGAUUCCUGGCGGAUGAUGAAGAUGAUGGUGAUAUGGAUCAGGUCGCUAUGACCAAUUCCACGGUUGCAGAUGGGGAUACGGUGAGCAGUACAUCCAACGGGGUCACAAACGGUUCUGGAACGGCCCAGAAACCGGGCAGUCGUGCCAUGUCCGGUUGGGUUCCCGCUCGACGUGUUGUUCAGCUUCGCUGGACGACACCGGAAUUGAUCAGUCCGAGUGGGACUGUGCCUACCGUUUCCAGUUCAGCCACAUCAAAUCGACCAAACUCAACAUCUACCCUGUCUGCACCGAAAAGCGGUGAGGCGGUUAGUACUGGUACUGAGGGUGUGGGAAGUUUGGUGGAUCAGUUGGGCUACAGUCAGGGUGCAUUGCUAGACUAUACCACAUUGGCUAUACGAUGCGUGGAAGUGCUUCGGAAAUUGUGUGAUAGUUGUUCGUCCCGGGACGCGCACGGGGGUGUUGUACGACCCCUACCCAAACCCAGACGAGUGAUCAGUGACCCUGCACUCCUCAAUCAUAUUGUCCAGCUCCUGCUCACGUUUGAUCCCCCAUUGGUCGAACGUGUUGUCUCCUUACUACACGUUCUAUUGGAUCAAAAUCCUUGCCUGCCACGGCUCUAUCUGACCGGGGUAUUUUUCUUCAUCCUUAUGUAUACGGGGAGUAAUGUUCUACCGAUUGCUCGUUUUCUCAAGGAUGUCCAUCUUCUACAAGCGUUCCGAAUGGAUGACGCUCAUUUGCUAUCCAGUACCGAUCUGACCUCCCGAUCUAUUCUGGGCAAUAUGCUCCCGGAUGCUAUGAUCGCGUAUCUGGAGAAUCACCCGCCGGAAAAGUUUGCCGAAAUAUUCCUGGGAAAUUUCGACUCGCCCGAGGCGAUUUGGAAUGCAGAAAUGCGUAAUACUCGCGCAAUCUAUCAAUUUAUCGGGAUCCCGUUGAUUGUGUAUCCGCAACUGGAAAAUGAAUUGUUCUGUCACAACUACUAUCUGCGACAUUUGUGCGAUACGGUCCGAUUCCCGGACUGGCCAAUUCGUGACCCGGUAAAUCUCACUCUGUUUUGUAUGUAA